AUGAAAUCGAUCGAAAAAGCAGCCGGAAAGAUUGAAUCCGCACACUCUGAGGACCGCUGCUCCCGCUACGUCCUUCAUGUUCGUAAUCAAAAGCAAGUACAAACACUGCUAGCACUCAAAAAAUUGAUAGACGGUACCACAGUAGAGAUCAAUUACCACCGAACAUUAAAUACCUGCAAGUGCGUCGUAAGCUCAUUCGAUCUCAUUCACAUGUCUGAGGAAGAUCUACUGGCCGAAUGGAAAGGACAUAAAGUUACCGAGGUACAACGAAUAACUCGUCCGACACUCGAUGGGGGUCGGGAAAAAACAAAUACCCUUAUAUUGACUAUCUUCGGAACGACCAUUCCGGAGCACCUUUUCGUUGGACCGAUUCGAAUCCCAACGCGAAUAUUUUACCCGGCACCAAUGGUCUGCUUCAAAUGCCUCCAGUAUGGACACACCAAAACUCGGUGCAAGAGCAAAGAAGUUUGCCCAAACUGCUCUAAAUCUGCGCACGUUGCAGAAGGUGAACGAUGUGUCGAACCAGCCUAUUGCCGAAAUUGUGAGGGCCCUCAUUCCGCAUCCAGUAGAGACUGCCCCGCGUACAAGAUCGAGAAAGAAAUAAUGCGAAUCAAAGUGGAGCAAGGAAUCUCAUUCAACGAAGCCAGAAAAAACUACAAUGCUAGAAACGCCCCCACCUCGUUCGCAAAUAUUGUCAAGGAAUCGACAAGCACCAUCAAGACAUAA